AUGCCAUGACAAAAUGUGUUCUCCAGUGUACUCUGUUGUUCAUCACUCUCACCAGUUCAACAUCGUUCAGACAGGUUUCUUCCUUGAUAAGUUGCCUCAAGGUACUACGAGGGCGACCAAUCCUACGUUUACAUUCUGGCUGCCACAACAAGAGCUUUCCAGCAGGUUCAUUGCUACACAUCACAUGACCAGCCAGUGCUAGGCGUCGUCGUUGGAUCACUUCGCUAAUGCGUGGAAGAGAACCAUACAGUUGGGCGUUCAUCUUGUUCAUUCAUGUUCAUCAUGUUUUGGAGAGCAUUGAAUUACAUUGGAUCAGAAUCAGCAUUCUGUAUUGGUUCCUUCAUGGAUGGAAAGAUGGCAGUCACUCAGAGAGGGGACUCUCUCGACUCCGAUAACAAACAGGGCGUGUUCCACAACACACCAGACACAGGCAGAGAACUUCCCCCGGUCACUACAGCCCCACCUUUCACCGACCUCAACCACCACCUUCAGUUCAAAACUAUUUCUCAACCUGAUCGACGCUAUCAGAGCCAGGAACACUUCAAAGAUAGCAGACAGGUGACCCAUCAUCUCUUCAAGGCUCUAUCAGCUCAACUGAUUCCUCAUGAGGAUGCAGUCCCAUUCUCCGAUGUGGCUUCAGGGACUUUCUCUGUGCAUGCUACUAAGCUCACUGCUGGGAGCCUGGAGCGAAGUGGAGCUGCUGGAGAAACCCAGAGGCAGAGCUCCGAUGGACUGUCCACAGAAUCACUGACCACCAGUAUCAUGCCAACUUCUGCCCCACCUCCCUGCCACACAGUUCCCCAAGAACAGUCAGGACAACCCCAUGGAGCAACCACACAAAAGACUGAGGGUGUUACGACACUGGUGAUGAGAGAAGACAAAAGUUCAAAGACUAUAGAAAGGCACAAGGUUCCUGCCACUGAUGCAACUGCACUGACGUUGUCUGUAUCUGGGGAUCAGGAUGAUGAGACUACCACAACCACUAUUUUUACCACUACUAUUAUUACCACAAUACAGACUCCAGCUCCAUGCAGCAUCAAUUUCACAGCGCCAGGGGGCUAUAUAGAGACACCACCACGAGGCAGCUAUGACUACUCCAACUUUGACUGCACUUACACCGUGACCGUCUACAUGGGCUACGGAGUGGAGAUUCAGGUGAUGAAUGUGAGUUUGGCUGAAGGGGACUCUGUACGGUUCGAGGAUCUGGGAGGCCGUGAGCCAUCAGUGCUGGCUAAUGAGUCCAUCCUGAUGAAGGGUUUGGUGGUGCGCAGCUACAGCAACCAGAUCUCUGUCCACUUCCAUAGCCGCCGACCCUGCCACGGCUCCUUCCUCUUACUCUACCAAGCGUUCGUCCUGAGCUGUAAUUUCCCUGAGCGGCCAGCCUACGGUGAUGUAACUGUCAGCAGUCUGCACGCAGGUGGAGAAGCUUAUUUCUACUGCUUUACUGGCUACCAGCUUCAGGGCCCCUCAACCCUCACAUGCCUCAAUGCUACAACUCCGUACUGGAAUGGAAAAGAACCCAGGUGUCUUGCGGCCUGCGGUGGAAUGAUAAAGAACGCCACACUUGGCCGCAUCGUGUCUCCUGGUUUCCCCAGUAACUACAGCAACAAUCUGACAUGCCACUGGGUGCUGGAGGCUGCAGAAGGUCAGCGGCUACAUGUUCAUUUUGAGAAGGUGGCGCUCGCUGAGGAUGAUGACAGGUUACUCAUCAAAAAUGGAAACAACAUCGAAUCCUCUACGCUCUAUGAUUCUUAUGAAGUGGAAUAUUUACCCAACGAGGGCAUUGUCAGCACCUCUAGAUACCUUUUUAUUGAGUUCACCACUGACAGCUCCGGCACCAACACAGGAGCCGCAAUCAGAUAUGAAGCUUUCGCACCAGGGCAUUGCUAUGAGCCUUUUGUCAAGUAUGGCAAUUUCACCAGCAGUGACAACAGCUACGCCGUCGGUGCAGUGGUGGAGUUUAGCUGCGAUCCCGGCUACACGCUGGAGCAAGGCUCCGUUAUCAUCGAGUGCAUGGAUCCCAAAAACCCACAGUGGAACGAGACAGAGCCUGCCUGCCGAGCGGUGUGUAGUGGGGAGAUCACUGACUCUGCUGGUGUGGUGCUGUCUCCAAACUGGCCUGAAGCUUAUGAUAAAGGCCAGGACUGCAUCUGGGGUAUCCAUGUGGAGGAGGACAAGCGGAUCAUGCUGGACAUCCAAGUCCUCCACAUGGGAAUGAAUGACCUGCUGACAUUCUAUGAUGGAGAUGACCUGACUGCUAAGAUACUGGGCCAGUACAGUGGCUCUCGGCCACGGUUCAAGCUCUAUACGUCUAUAGCUGAUGUCACCAUCCAGUUCCAGUCUGACCCUGCCACCAAUGUCUAUGGCUACAACAAUGGCUUUGUGGUGCACUUCUUUGAGGUUCCUCGUAAUGACACGUGUCCAGAGCUUCCUGAGAUCACUAAUGGCUGGAAGACUACAUCUCACCCUGAGCUGGUUCAUGGUGCAGUAGUAACCUAUCAGUGUUACCCAGGCUUCGAGGUGGUGGGCACUGAAAUGCUCAUGUGCCAGUGGGACCUGACAUGGAGUGGAGACCUGCCUACCUGUGAGAGAGUGCUGUCAUGCCCAGACCCUGGCAUGGUAGAGCACAGCCGGAGGGUGAUGUCAGGUCCUCGUCUGAUUGUGGGCUCCACAGUGCAGUACAUCUGCAAUAAGGGCUACUCUCUGUCUGGAAACAGUCUCCUUUCCUGUUACAACCGUGAUUCCACUGGACCCAAGUGGAGCGAGAAACCACCCAAAUGCAUCCCUGAUACAUAUGAAGCCUGUAGGAACCCUGGAAUCCCAGCAUUUGGUUUUCAGGUAUCAGAGAAGCAGUUCUACCAAGCAGGAGAGAUAUUGCACUUCUCCUGCCGAAGUGGCUAUAAGCUCAUUGGGGAAACAAAUAUUCGCUGCGUUCCCAGUCGCCCGUCCAAGUGGAGUCACCCACCUCCAGUGUGCAAAGCAGCAGCACUGGAGUAUGUGAAUGAGCGCAGGCUUGAUGUUGCCAGAACAGAUUUCAGCAUGGAAGGAGCCAAUGUGGUCUUUGCCAUCGUCAUCCCUGUAGCUAUAAUUAUGUUAAUUGUCAUGUCCAUAUACUUCUAUUUUUCAAGGGUCCAAGGGAAGACUUUUCGAUUACCCAUGUCUGCAUCACCACAGUAUGACCAGAUCAGAGGCGAGACAGCCUUUGAGAACCCCAUCUACGAGACAGCAGACAGUGAGAAAGUGAUCAUUGCGCCCAGGCACCAGCGCUUCUUCCCUAUAGGAUACUGUUGUAAUGAGAAAGCCUGUAAGGAGAGUUGAUCGGUGGAAUAGCACUGUUUGGAGCAAAGCAGGACACAAGAGAGUACGAAGUCUCCAUUUAGAUGUACUGCUUAUGUCCACGCUAAGAACCUUAAGCCUUUCUUUGCCUUGUGGAGGUUCCCCAGUACCUUUCACCUGUUUUCUGACCUCCUGUUAACCUCAUCUUGCCAUUCUCACCACCCAACGUUUCCUGUCCUGGUCGGAUGUAAAUAUCCUGAUUGUCAGAGA